AUGUACGCGCACGGCGCGGGGAGGGGCGGCAGAGGCGGGGGUCGCGGACGAGGCGGGGGCCGGGGCGGCGGUUUUUCGGGCCGGGGCGGCGGGGGCGGCCGAGGAGGUUUUCAUCAGGGCGGUGGCAGGGGCGGCGGCGGUGGCAGGGGCGGCGGCAGGGGCGGCGGUGGCGGCAGGGGCGGCGGCGGGGGUGGCCACAAACGAUCCCGCGACCCCGCCGACGACGAGCUCGGCGAGGGCUACGACGGCUUCUCGCAAGAAGCGUUCGACAACGCCAAGCUGCAGAACGAGAAGUUCGACGAGUACUACCAGCGCCAAGGGGUGGUGCCGCCGGACGAGUGGGAGGACAUGAUGCGCGCGUUCCGAACCCCGUUACCGCUCACGUUCCGCAUCAACAUGAGCGGUAAGUACAGGGAGUCGGUUCGUCGCAAGCUCACCCACGUGCUCUUCCCGAAGAUACAGGCGGAUGUGAGCACGAUGGCGCCGCCCAGGGCGCUGCGGUGGUACCCUCACGGCCUCGCGUACCAGCUCGACAUACCCAAGGACGCCCUGAAAAAGUCGGAGCACAUGCAGGCGCUGCACAAGUUCAUGGUGCAGGCCAACGAGGUGGGCGCCAUCACCAGGCAGGAGGCCGUGUCCAUGAUCCCGCCGCUGCUCCUGGACGUGAAGCCGCAGCACAGGGUGCUCGACAUGUGCGCCGCGCCAGGGAGCAAAACCUUUCAGCUCCUGGAGAUGUUACACGCGCGCGCCGAGGAGAGGGACGAAGGGAGCCUGCCCACCGGCGUGGUGGUGGCCAACGACGCGUCGCUGCAGCGCGCCAACCUGCUGACGCACCAGACCAAACGGAGCAACUCGCCCGCGCUCAUCGUGACCAAUCACCAGGCGCAAAAGUUCCCGCUGCUCUACCCAAAGAGCGGCGAAGGCGACGCGACGCGCGAGCCGUACAGGUUCGACCGCAUCCUCGCGGACGUUCCGUGCUCCGGCGACGGCACCCUACGAAAAUCCCCCGACCUGUGGAAGAAGUGGUCGCCGGCGUCGGGCGUGGACCUUCACACGCUGCAACUCGACAUCGCGUCGCACGCGGCGCGGCUCCUGAAGGUUGGGGGCCGGCUCGUGUACAGCACGUGCUCGCUGAAUCCCCUGGAGGACGAGGCCGUCGUCGCGGCGCUGCUGAAACGGGCCAAAGGCGCGUUGCGGCUCGUGGACGUCAGCGGAGAGCUCGAGGGCUUGAAGCGUAAGCCCGGCAUGUACGCGUGGGAGGUUGGCGACGCGUUCGGGUGGCACGAGCGCUUCGACGGCGUCGGUCGACGGCAGCGAAACGUCGCCGUCACCAUGUGGCCGCCCGGAUCGUCCAAGGCUCGCGAGAUGAACCUCGAGCGGUGCGUGCGGAUCAUGCCCCACCUCGACGACACCGGAGGGUUCUUCAUCGUCGCGAUUGACAAGGUUGGCGAGCUUCCGGAGGAGAUGGAG